UCCCCCUGUCUUGAGUGCCGGUCUAGUCCGGCCCGGGAAUAGCACGCCCUGUGGCGACAAGGCACGUGCAUGCCGCUCCCCCCUGGGGAAAAUCUUCAAUUCCCGUCUUUGAUCAGCAAAGUUGAGCUUGUAUAUCUCUCAGCUGCAGCUGCAGCUUCAUCUCGAACAUGGCAUACCAGCGCGAGUUCGAGAUGCAAGCCCUCCCGCCAUCUCCCAAAUCACGAAGCCCCGAACCAACAGAGUAUGACUCCCCGUCAGCAUGGAACCGCCUCAUCACGAGUUUCUCCCGCGCCCCAGCGCGACAUGGCGAAAAUGAUAGCCUUAGCAGCUACAACAGCUACGCCUUCAACGGGCGUCUGUUCAACAUGAGUAAGGCAAACUACAACUCUGCCAACACAGCACUGGCACGAGAAUUGAAGAAUCGGCACUUGCAGAUGAUUGCGUUUGGUGGAUCCAUCGGAACGGGUCUUUUUGUCGCGUCGGGUGUUGCGUUGUAUCGCGGGGGACCUGUUUCGCUACUACUGGCGUUUAUCAUCAUGGGUGCUAUGCAAUUUUUUACGAUGCAAGCUUUGGGAGAGUUGAGUGUUGCGUUUCCGGUGGGAGGCUCGUUUGCGAAUUAUUCGACGAGGUUUUUGGAUCCGAGUUGGGGUUUUGCUAUGGGUUGGAAUUAUACGCUGCAGUAUCUUAUUGUGCUGCCUCUUGAGAUUAUUGCAGGAGCGUUUACGACGAAUUAUUGGAAUCCCAACGCAAGCAAGAGCAUUUUCAUCGUCCUCUUCUUCAUUCUCAUCCUCGGUAUCAAUUUACUCGGGGUGAAAGGCUACGGCGAAGCUGAGUUUAUCUUCUCAGCCGUCAAAGUCACAGCCAUCGUGGGCUUCAUUCUUCUCGGUAUAAUCAUCAACAUCGCAGGUUCCCCAGAAGGCGACUACAUCGGUUUCACCCGCUGGCACAACCCCGGCGCCUUUCACAACGGCUUCAAAGGCUUCGCAAGCGUUUUAGUGACAGCAACAUUCUCCUUCGCCGGCACAGAAAUGGUCGGUCUCGCAGCAGCCGAAACGAGUAAUCCAAAAAAGUCCCUCCCUGUAGCUGUGAAGCAAGUCUUUUGGAGAAUUUCUCUAUUCUACAUCCUCUCGAUUCUACUCAUUGGUUUGCUGGUGCCGUAUAAUGAGCCGAGAUUACUGGGGGCCAAGUAUGGUUCUGAUGCAGCGGCUAGUCCGUUCGUCAUUGCGAUUGAGAUGAGCGGCUCGGAUGUGUUGCCGGAUAUUAUGAAUGCUGUUAUUCUGAUAUCGCUGAUCAGUGUUGGGAAUACAGCUGUGUAUGCGGCGUCACGGACGUUGGCGGCGUUGGCGGAGCAGUCACUUGCGCCGAAAGUGUUUGCGUAUAUUGAUCGAACUGGACGACCUCUCGUUGCGAUUAUUUGCUGCGGUUUGCUAGGCUUACUAGCGUUCACCGCGAACUCGAAGAUCCAUAACGAAAUCUUCAAUUGGCUCCUUGCGAUCAACGCUGCAACAACAAUGGCUGACCAUACAUUCUGGCAGUACAUCCGCCUCAAAGUAAUCGUCACUUUCAUCCGUCUCAUAAACUACAUCUUCACGCGUCCUCACUUCACGCCCUCACCAACAUGCAUCCGCAAACUCAUCCGCAUUCCCUCCCGCGACCUCAAUCGCUUCAUCAACGCAUGGGUUUACUACCCGAACAACUACACCGACAGCCAAAAACUACCUCUUGUGAUUAAUUGGCACGGAGGUGCUUACACCCUCCCAAAUCUCGGCAUGGACCAUCACUUUUGCGAGAAACUAGCCAAUGAGAAUAACGUCCUUGUUCUUGAUGCUGAUUAUCGCAAAGCACCCGAGUAUCCUCUUCCUGGAGCUUUGGAGGACGCUGAAGAUACUUUUAGAUGGGUUGAGGGUCAGAGAAUAUUUGAUCUUGACAGAGUUGCCUUGUCGGGGUUCAGUUCUGGGGGAAACCUUGCGCUUGUUGCAUCGUCUGAACUGAGACGUGAGUUUAAGAUGAACAUCAGGGCGGUGUAUGCUUUCUAUCCUGGUGUUGAUUUCAGUAUUCCACCAGAGGAAAAGAAAGUACCGGAACCUAUUCGACCUCUUCCCGUGUCUUUUCAGCAUCUUCUCACUGAAGCGUACGUACCGCGCGUUGAAGAUCGUAAGUCACCCAAAGCAUCGCCCAUGUACGCUGAAGCGAUAUCUUUCCCAGAGCAUGUUAUGCUUGUUGCUUGUUCUGGGGAUAUCUUCACGCCCGAGAUUGAGGCUUUUGGAAAGAAGUUGGAGCGGGCUGGCCGUGAUGUUGACGUUGUCAGGAUCCAAGGGGCUCAUGGUUGCGAUAAGACUACGAACCCAACGAUGUUCAGGGCUGAGGCGAGAGACUUCGCCUACUCCAAGGUAGUGCAGAGCUUACAGUAUAUUAUGUAAUAAGCAGCAUGGCUAGAAUGAGUACAGUGAGGCAGGCAAAUGACCCUAUAGUCUGCCGGUGGCAGGUUGGACGGCGGUAGACUUCAUGAGGUGGGAGCACAUGAACAUUUACAGCAAGUUUUGCUAUACAGGCUGUUCAAGAGUUGGUAUACUGAUUUUCUUCGUUGUGCUGUCCUGAAAAAAAGCGUCGUCGAGUUGGUUUGUGAGGGUUCUGAUGAACAUGCAAUACACUCGCAGGAACAAGACACAGCAGCGCUGUUUAAGCCACCUCAACAACGAAAGGUUCAGGAACUAAGAUUUACACUUUAUUAUCCUAAUCUAGUCUAGUCUUG